AUGAUGCUCAAUUGGAAGCUGCUCGGCCUGCUGGUCCUUUGCCUAUUUGCAGGAGGCAUCUCAGGCAGUGACGACCCCUCUCCCAAAUCCACAGAUACCCAAGAAGAGGAGAACUCCCCACCAUUGCCUCUGGGACCCCCAAUCCCUGGUGAUCCCUGGCCAGGGGCACCUCCUCUGUUUGAUGAGCCUCCUCCUCCAGGCUCCAACCGUCCCUGGAGAGAUCUUCCUGACAGUGGUGCCUGGCCCCCUAAGCCCCCGAGCACUGAUCCCCCUAAACCCCCUCUGCCCGAUGACCCCUGGCCAGCAGGGACCCAGCCCCCAGAAAAUCCCUGGCCUCCUGCCCCUGAGAUGGACAGUGAAUCUCAGGAGGAGCCAGACCUUGACCCACCCCGGGAAGAGUAUAGAUAG